AUGGACACAGCUGCAGUGGUGACUCUUCUGGCUCUGGUUAUGGCUCUGGCUGGCGUCAGUCAGGCUCUUCACAUCCAAGGCGGUCUGGACAAAAAUGACAUCGUGCCAGGCAGCUCAGAGGAGAACAUGGCUGACCGCCUGCUGGGGCUGGAAAGUGAAAACACAGAUAACAGCAUUGACGACCGUCUACUCGCCUCAGUGCUGAGAGCUCUGCUGCUUGGAACUCCCAGAGAAACCAGGAGCUCUGUUCUCCAUCAGCCACAGAGGUUUGGCCGUGGCUCCAGAGGGCAAGUCUUUUCGGAGGAUCAGAUACAUUCCCGUGAUUGGGAGGGUGCCCCCGGUCAGAUCUGGAGUAUGGCUGUGCCCCAGAGAUUUGGCAAGAAAUAG